CCAGUCACAAUGCAUAGUUGAUUUUUAGGCAUUCGGGGAGACACAUCAUUUUUCGUCGGCUUGAAAUUUUUUUAAAAAUUUCUAAAAGUUGCUGUUAUUCGAUAUUCUGGGACAUGUCGUCAACUAAUGAGAUGGCUGACAAAGAGGAGACAAAUUUGGCUGAUCUAUUAGCAAAACUUAGUGAGCAACAGCAAACAAUUGAAAAUUUGCAGAGAACUGUCGCUGGGGGACCGGCAGAUAUGAAUCAAGCAGUCAAGCCGUCAUGGUCCUUAGGGUUAUCUGAGGAUGAAGAGGAUGAUGUCGAGAAAAUGAUUAACGGAGGUGGUAAAGAGCAGCAUGACGAGGUGGAUAAUGAGAUUGCCAUCUUAUUGGAGGACAUCGAAAAGGGUCCAGAUUAUGGUGCAGAAGUACUUCCCCAAAUUGCUGAAAGUUUUCGAAAAACCGUGGAACGUCCUUUGACGAAGGAGUCAAAAGAAAAACUAAAACUCGCUCUAAAAAUACCAAGUAACUUGAAGCAGUUUGUUCCACCCAAAACCAAUUCCGAAAUUUGGAAGAUAUUACCCUCAAAUGCUCGGGUCGUUGACAUUAAAAGCCAACAAACGCAGCGGGCCUUAGGAGAAGCCUUAUCAGCGUUAUCAAUGAUUGCCAGCACGGUCGUGGCACAUAAGACGGUCAUCCCAAAGGAGGCGACCAGCAGCAUAGUAAAACUGGCCUUAGAUGCAGGGAACAUUUUGGGAGAUCAGAUUCAGUCCCUAAAUUCAAGCCGGAGGCAAGAGGUUAAAAAACAUUUAAAUCCUGAAUAUGCGGGUAUCUGUACAAGCGAGGGAGGAGAAACAAGUCAAUUCGAAGCUAGCGGUGUUGGUAGCAGUAUUGUCAGGCAGGUCAUGAAAAACUUGGAUCUUCCUGUGGAAGUUUUAGAAAUAAUCAAAAGAAGUCAUCAAAAUCAGACGGAACUUGGAGACAAUAUGAGUCGGCGUUAUCAAAAUGGGCUUCGUUUUGUAAAUCAAAGGAUUGGUCGGUGUGGGAAGUUAAUAUUAGUCAUUAUUUGAUAUUCUUAAGUAAAUUAUAUUACGAUGGCUUGAGUUAUUUUGUUCUUAAUUCUACUAGAUCAGCACUGUCGUCUGUUUUUGGAAAAAUUGAUAAUUGUGCAAUUGGUGAGCAUAAAUUGAUCGUCGAUUUUAUGAAAGGAGUGAGUCGAUUGAGGCCACCAAGACCUAGGUAUGAUUUUACAUGGAACCCUGAUCUUGUACUUAAAUUUCUCAAGGGAUGGACAGAAUUUAGUCUUAAAAUAGUUACUCUUAAAUCUAUUGCCUUGUUAGCAUUAUGCACUGGUCAACGUGUCCAGACCCUUUGUUCCAUUAAGUUAAACGACAUUGUUUGGGAGGAGACAAUUCAAAUUAGACUGAGUAGUAUUUUAAAGACAACAAUUGUUAAUAGAUCUAACCCAGUAUUAUUUGUACCACCCUACCAUGAUAAAAGUUUGUGUCCUGUAACUAUUCUCAAAAUGUAUAGGGAUAUGACUAAAAGUCUUCGAGGUAAUGAGUUACAAUUAUUUAUAAGCUUUUGUAAGCCUCAUAAAGCUGUGACAUCACAGACUGUCAGUCGCUGGUUGUGUGAAGUUUUGGAGAAAUCUGGAAUUAAUGUGCAUACCUUUCAUGCUCACAGUUUUAGGCACGCUUCCGUUUCUAAAGCGGCAGCUAAAGGGGUCAGUGUAGAUACUAUUUUUAAAAGGGUUGGUUGGACAGAUAACUCCAAAUCAUUUGCAUUGUACUAUAAUCGUCCAUUUGAGGAUCCCUCUGAAUUUGGUAAAAUAGUUAUGUCAAUUUGAAUAUUUAAGAAUCUUGUACGGUGUGUAUGUAAUAAGCAAAGUAUGAAUUUAUAAUAAUAAAUAACGUGUAAAAUAAUCCGUGACCUGUGCUCAUCGACUUUGCUUUGAACUACUACCAACUAUACUCCGUGAUGUCGGAGUAUGAGGAAUACGAAGCAAAAUUGCUGAUUUUGCGAGCCCGGCGAAGCCGGGUGAAGCAAAAUCUAGAUUUUGUGAGUCUUCCGAGUACGAAAGACAUCACGGCCCUCCAUCCCACCCCCACAAUAUUCAUAAAGUCGAUUCGCUCUUUAAAACUAUGCAUUGUGACUGGUGUGGUGUGAGCAUGUGAGUGUGGUAGUUGUUUUUUAAGUGCAUUUCUGUGAACUAGGCGGCGCGUAGUGUCUCCCUGAUACCUGGAGGUCGACCACUACCAACUAUACUCCGUGAUGUCUUUCGUACUCGGAAGACUCACAAAAUCUAGAUUUUGCUUCACCCGGCUUCGCCGGGCUCGCAAAAUCAGCAAUUUUGUGAAAGGAUUUGACAAAAUAUUUAAAGAUAUAGAGACAGCGUUGAUCUCUAGACUUUGUAAUACAUAUUUUUCGAAACGGGAAAGUAAGUUUACAAGGUUAUAAAGAUUUAAGUGAAUUGAAGUAAUUAGGUCCUCUCAAAGCUCUAAAAAAGAUCAGAUUUUUCUGCUCAUCGCUCAUUCUGAUCUUUUCUGCUCGGCUGUGCGCAUGCGAUUUCGCUCAAAAUCAGAUUUUCUUGCUCAACAAAAAAAUCGAGUUUUAGGUUGAUUUUUGCUCUCAUAAUCCUGCUCAUUCUGCUCCUCCAUCACCACACCAGCACAUCAGAUGUUUGUUUACUUAAAUUUUUCGUUUAAAAAUUGAGUAAAAUUUUCUAAAACAUGUUUUCCUUAUCAUUAUUGGUCCCAAGACCAAGGUUAAGGGUACCAGUGUCGAAAAAGUUGCAAAUCCCGUCGUUUGUCGUAACAAACGUGGCGUUGUAGAGGUAAUAGACGGCAGAAAAACUUUUCGCUGGAAACCACAAAUAAAAAUUGACACAGCACAUCAUCUAUGUCGUCGACAAUUACACUUUUAAGGUAAAUGAUAGUUUUUUGUCCACAUAUAAUUUCGAAUGACCAUAUCCUUAAUCGCAAAAAAAUGUUUGAGCAGGUGGCCAAACGCACUGAAUCCCUUCGUCGUCUCCAAGAUGCUUUGGCCCUUAACUGCGAAGAAAGUCCUAAAUAUGAGAUUUAUAGUUGUUUAUUGCUGCUGCAUAAAAUGAAUUAUUUGAGAUAAAUGCUCUGUUCGUUUUAAUUCUCCUGCAAUAUUAGCUUGAAAAUAUCAUGGGCUUGUUGUUCAAAUCCAUAUUACGACCACAUAAAAAUAAAUAAAUAAUAAAUGAUAAAAAUU